UCUGCUCUCAUUGUUUCUCUGUCCAGUGGAGGGAGAGCUGCAGCUUUUCACUGUUUAAAUGUUCUUCAUCCAACAGAGACAAACUGCUGGAGGAAAAUAAUUCAUCUGACAGCAAAGAUGCAGUGGAGUCUGAUUCUGCUCUUCCUGAUGGCUCAGUGUUGCUUCAUUGACUGUCAGCUCUAUCAGUUUCACUACAUUAAUGAGAAUAAAACCUGGACUGAAGCUCAGCAGUACUGCAGAGAGAAACACACUGACCUGGCCACAGUGACUAACAUGAAGGACAUGAAGAGACUCAUCAACAUCUCAGCUGGAUAUAAUACGGCAGCAUGGAUUGGUCUGAAUGAUCAAACAAAUGGUAACAGAACAUGGUUCUGGUCUCUGCCUGAACUGGAGUUCAAUGAAAGUGAGACAAACUGGAACCAAGGAGAACCAACUGAUAAAGGAAUUCAAGGAUCUGAGAACUGUGUGGCUGUGUAUCAAACUCUCAAAUGGCUAGAUGACUUUUGCCAGUGGACUAAAUCUUUUCUCUGCUAUGAUGAAACUAAUAAAACCCAUAAAUAUCACCUGAUUAAAGACAUGAAGACCUGGCAGAAAGCUCAGAGUUACUGCAGAGAGAAACACACAGACCUGAUCAGUGGAACGAAGCAACUACAGGAUGAAGAAGUGAAGAAAUUGAUGAACUUUACAGGCAGUAUAGCACACAUUGGUUUGUUCAGAGACAACUGGAGGUGGUCAGAUGGAAGCAGUUUCUCUUUCAGACACUGGAAUAAUGACUUUAACAAUCCACAGUCCAACAGUGGUCAAUGUGCCAUGACUGUGUUUAAUGAUGGAGGCAGAUGGAAGAAUAUGAACUGUGCUGAAAGAAAACCCUUCAUCUGUUAUGAUGAUAAAGUGAUCCUGAUCAAAGAAAAUAAAACCUGGGAGGACGCCUUGUACUACUGCAGAGAUCACCACCAUGACCUGGUCACCAUCACCAACAUGGAGGAUCAGAGAUGGAUCCAGGAGAAAGUCAAGAACGCAUCGACUGAUUAUGUCUGGACGGGUCUGCGCUACACCUGCACUCUGGAUUUGUGGUUCUGGGUCAGUGAUGAGGUGGUCAUCUAUAAGAACUGGGCCGAAGGUGAACCGAUGGACGACUGUGACAUGUCUGGAGCCAUGGAGACGGGAGGAGAACAUAAAUGGUUCAAAAGAAAUGAUUCUGACUUGUUUAAUUUCAUCUGUUCUAUGUACUGAAAUCCACUCUGUGCUUCUUCUUCAAUACUUGAGAUAUUACUUUAGAUAAAUGCAUAAGAUGUUAGUUUUAAUUGAAGUAGAUGGUAACAUUAAGCUUCCACUGCUAAACACUCUAAACAACAUUCUUGGUGCUUCCAGCAGAGACAUGUAUGAUACCUAAUCAAUACAUUCUGUAGAUCAUAUAUAUCUUAGUGAUAAUUAUUUGGUGGUCUGGAGUCUCAUUUAUAAAAUAUUGCCAUCUUAGGUAUACUAAAAAUGUGUGUGUGCAUUUAAUUGGUUUCUUUUUCUGU